GGGCUCGAUUGGCCACUAAAUUGGGAGGGGAAAAAAAUCAGAAAUAAAUGUAAGGGUGUGAUUAAAUUGGGCAUGGAGGGGGACGUUUGUGCGGGUAUACUUCUGUCGGUGGUGGCGCGGUGCAGAGCGAGGCAGGUACAGCAAGACACCCAAAUCGAAAGUCGGCGACGACUCCGCCGCCAACUGCUCCUGUCGGCCCGACGCCUGCGCCUGAGGAGACUCCGGCAAACGUGGGAGCGGAGAGGUGAACGCCACCGCCAGUGUCGGCUGCACCGACUCUGUGCUCACGACGUGUGGAUGAAGACGAUCACCCAUACAUUUCUGAAGACCCACAUGCGCAGAAGAGCCAAGGUGUGGUUCUACCCAAGGAACAGUGCGUGGUGGGAAGAAACGGCAGCUGCUUUUACAGAUGAUCAGUGGCUGCAGCAUUUCAGGGUGUCGAGGGAAACUUUCUCAUACCUCUGCAGAACGCUAAAGCCUCGGCUGAAAAGACAAGACACCACAUAUCGCCUUUGCAUACCCCUACAGAAAAGAGUGGGUUUGGCGCUCUACAAACUGGCAAACUCCUGUGACUACAAAACUUUGUCCAACCUUUUCGCCGUGGGAGUGGCCUCAGUUUGCCGCUGUGUGCACGAGUUUUGUACAGCAGUUAUUGAAGUACUUAAACCACAACUUGUUGUAACACCGAACCACGCAGACCUUGCUGCAAUGGCAGACCAUUUCUACCAGACAUAUGGCAUCCCACAGUGUAUUGGUGUCAUAGACAGUAUUCACGUUCCAGUCAUCAGACCGCCGCACUAUCAGUCAGAUCAGCCUAACGAAGAAUUUUAUCUGGCUAUCUUAUCACAAGCAGUUGUUGAUGGCAAAGGUUUAUUCUGGGAUUUGAACAUGAGCUGCCCAAGAGUGGACUGCCGACAGUCAGCUUUAUCCUACAAAUGGCAGGCCACCAAAACAUGGUGA